GAGAAACGAGAGCAGCCUGCUCUGAACAAACGGGGCUUUGCCUGCCCUGGAGAUGUGUAAGGGGUUGGUGGACCGCUGGGUAAGCAGUAUAAUAGUGUUCAUCUGCUGGUGGUUCAGGGGAGAGUGUCUCCUCUGCAGCGCAAAGGAGCCUGUUCUGAGCUCCGUUUGUGGAACGGAGGCAGCGUGGCCAUCGCUAUGUGGGUGGCAGGAGGUGCUAACAAAUGCCAAUGUCACCUUAACCUGCUCCGUCUCUCCUGCUCCCCUUCCACUUGUACUACCCUGCCUCGUGUCUGACCUUGCCCCCCCAGUCCUGGCUCAGCUGUUUGCACACUGGUUUGGGGAACUAAUCCAGCUAAAAAACGAAUGUUUCCCCUGACUGAGCUGUGCAGGCACAGUGGGGGACCAGCCCCGGGGCAGCACAAGAAGCUUAGCCCUGUUGCAGAGCGCUGCGCCAUGCCUGUGUCCCAGCACGGCGAGGUGUGUGACCUACCCUGGGAGAGCUGCCCCUCACAGCAUUUUAAGUUUCACGUGCUUUGUGCUAAAAGCAACAUCACGCCGUUAUUGCUUUCAACAUCUCAGAUGAUGCCUGUCUUUGACUCUCUAAGUGUGGACUCAGUGCUGUGCUUUUAAGCAGAUAUUAGUAAUAGCUGUUUCCUGCUUGUCCUGUGUCUCCCAUUUGUCUCCUUUAAGCAGCUGAUAGCCCGUCUCACGUCUAAGCCGUUUCCUGCCUUGUGCCACUCACUUGUACACCUCUCACACUGAGACUAUUUUUCUUUUUUCUUUUUCUGCCUGUGUAAGAUAAAGCCACUGACCCAAGUAUCCCUGAGGAAAACUGGGAAUGCAUCCAGCGGUUCUGUGACCAGGUGAACACAGACAUAGAAGGCCCAUCGCUUGCACCAAGGCUGCUGGCACAUAAGAUACAGUCACCUCAAGAGAUGGAAGCUCUGCAUGCUCUAACUGUGCUGGAGACCUGUGUGAAUAAUUGUGGUGAAAGAUUUCACAGUGAAAUAGCAAAAUUCAGGUUUCUGAAUGAACUGAUAAAAGUGCUUUCCCCAAAGUACCAUGGAGCCUGGUCGUCAGAAAAAGUCAAGUCAAGAGUCACAGAAAUAAUAUUCAGUUGGACAGUUUGGUUUCCUCAGGAAGUUAAAAUCCGGGAUGCUUAUCAGAUGCUGAAGAAACAAGGGAUUGUAAAAGAAGACCCCAAAUUGCCAGAAGACAAAAUUUUACCUCCCCCUUCUCCGAGACCUCAGAAUUCUAUUUUUGACACAGAUGAAGAGAAAUCAAAGCUCUUAGCAAGACUUUUAAAGAGCAACCAUUCUGAAGACCUGCAGGCUGCCAACCGCCUCAUCAAGAGCAUGAUUAAAGAGGAACAAGAAAAGUCAGCUAAGGUUUCCAGAAGAGUGAAUACAAUCAGUGAGGUUUCUGAGAAUGUUAAACUCAUGGAUGAAUUACUGGACAACUACAAGAGACAAGAAUUAUCCAAAUCUGACUGUGACACUCUACAGAAUCUGUUUGAACGCUGUGAGAAGCUCAGGCCGCUGCUCUUUCGCCUUGCCAGUGAGACAGUUGAUGACGAUGAGGCUUUAGCUGAGAUACUGCAGGCCAACGACAAGCUCACUCAGGCACUCGGACAGUACAAGCAGAUUUCAGCCAGCCAUGAAGACAAUGGUGGAGGUUCAGCAACCAGCUCCACUGGUGCACCAGCAUGUCAGACACCCCCAAGACGGAUGAAGAGCUAUACACUGAUUGACUUCUCAGAACUGGAGGCAACAUCCCAGUCUCCCACAGACCAAUUUGCAAAGCUAAUCCCUGCCUCCCGGCACAGCAGCACAGUCUCUACCUGUCUGCUUGAUGAGGACUUAACGUCACUAGAUUCCAACUCUCCCAUUGUACAGAAACCACUACAUGAUUUUGGCUUAGCAGAGGCUGAUGUAAACAAUGGAUAUAGUGAAAUUGUAAGUGCCGUGCAAACAUUGGGACUGAAGGAGAGCUGGGAAGACAGCUGUUCAGAGAAGAAUGAAUUUCAGGGCCUGGCUGAGCAGCUGUCUCCACCUUCUAGGACGAAGACAUUAUCCUUGGAUUUAUCAUCAGUGAAAUUGCCCUUUCCAGAUCUUCCAAAUAGCUCAGUGGCAGAAACCUCAUUCUCCAGCCUAGGCUACCAGCUGAAGCCUGCUGCCUCUUUGCAUCCAGCCUCCCAUGAUGCUUCUCUAGCAAACCUUUUUGUCCCUUUAAUUUCAAUUACACCGAGCAGUAUCUGUCCGCUUACUGUGUAUGAUCAAAAUGGUUUCAAGGCUAUGCUCCACUUCUCCAGAGACCCAGCUCCUGGCCGACCAGAUGUGCUAGUGAUGGUUCUUUCCAUGCUGAGCACAUCAGCUCAACCAAUUAAGGACAUAGCGUUCCAGGCUGCAGUCCCAAAGACUAUGAAAAUAAAGUUACAACCAGCAUCUGGUUCUGAGCUUCCUGCCUUCAGCCCUUUCCUUCCUCCAGCAGUGAUAUCCCAGGUCCUGUUGCUAGCCAACCCACACAAAGAUCCCAUUCGACUAAGGUACAAACUAAUGUUUGUGCAAGGUGUGAAGCCCUUCAUUGAAAUGGGAGAGGUGACUGGCUUCCCAGAAGCAGAGCUCUGGGGCAGAAGCUGAACUUCAUCAGCCUUGGACAUUGCCAUAUUGCCUUAGCAGUGGAUGGGGA